AUGUCGAGAUUGCCGAAACAACAAAGUGGUCUACCAACUUCUAACCUACCUGGGCCAGGCAGCAGACGUCGUUCAUCUGCCGGGGCCGGUCAAAAGUCCACUCCUAUCCUAAAAGGACUGACUCCCGAACAAGAAGCUCUUCUACAGGAGGCUAUGGAAAAAUAUAGUCCAGCUGCCUUGACCAAGUCAAAUGAACAAACUUCCAACAGUCAAAGCGCCUCGUCACUCUCUAUAACACCAAAUAAUCCAAAUCCAUCCAAUAAUUUACCAAAGAAACCCGGACUCAGAAAGCAGAGCUUCUCCAGGAUGGCUCGUCCGUCCCUCCCAUCCAUAAUAGAUACGCCUGCUGGCGCCGUGAAGAAGCCUCUUACAGAAACGACACCGUCCUCUCUAGCAACAAAAUUUAAUCAAACUAAUUCUACGACGCAAUCGCCAAACGGUUUGUCACAACUCCAACGCACACCAAACAUAUCACAUACAACAGGAUCAGGAGGUCAACCACCUUCAGUCGCGCCUAUUCAUCAGAGGUUGCAAUUAAUUGCCACACAACAACGUCCAGCUUCUCCUUCGCUUCAGUUAUAUUCAGUGGGAGAUCACGUUGCUGUAGAGUCGAUGAAUAUUACCGGAACUUUGCGAUUUUUAGGUCCUAUUGACAUCAAGCCGGGAACUUGGGCUGGAAUUGAAGUAGAUGCUGUUGGUACAGGUAAAAACGACGGUAGUAUUAAUGGUAAACUCACCAAGCUCACAGAUGUCAAUUCUAGUAAAACUGAAAUAGCAGACACCCUGACAAGCUUGCCUCAAAUUCCGUCCACAGCGAAAACCAAUAAUUCAAUACCUCGACCUUCAUCUGCUUCGAGCAACUCGAGCGAAAAAAGCAUAACCAUGACUAAAAAUGCUCAGAACGCAGCAGCAGCAGCAUCUCGCAUAACUGCUGGAUCACGUGCAUCAAAGUAUAUAGGUGUCACUGCUUCUCAGCUUAAACAAAGGGUUUUAACAAAACCUGCAAACAUUAUUACCUCCCCGGCUAUCACCGAUUCAUCAGAUUCUCAGCAGCACAAAACAAAGCCGACUCUUGGACUGAAACGUCCGAAUUCUUACGGAAACUUAAAGUCACCAACACCAUCCUUCAACUCGAAUAAUGAACGUUCCCGCCGGGGAAGUGAUGCUUCCAACGGAUCCGCUGUAUCAAACAUUUCUCAAUCCGGGAAGUCAGGUUUACCACGUUCUCGAGCGACGACACCUAAUCAGACUCUUGAUUCCCAGUCGCCGUCUGACACUGAGACCACCGUUUCUACUCCACUUGCACACGAAGAAAUGAGUAAUAAAACGUUACAAGAAAAAAUACAAAAGUUGUUAAAUGACCCGGAACCAAUCGGAAGUCGCCCUAUCGGUCUCUUUGACGAGCAGGACCUUCAAAUACGAAAAUUGCAGAUGAAAAUUGAGGUUUUAGAGACUGAGAAUACAAAUUUAAGACUUGAAAAAGAAAAAAUUAAAGCCAAAGCUGGUAAAUUUGAUGUUUCCAAUGGUCGUAUGACAAAUGGAAGUACUGAAAUUAAUGGCAGCUGGGAGGUCGAGAAAAAGAUCCUAAAUGAAAAGAUUGCACAAUUAACCAGACAACUCGAAGAUGCCUCAAAAGGACACCAUCCUAGGUCGAGUACAUCACUAUCAAUGAUCGCCGAUAAUGAUCUUAUGAAUGACAAGAUUCUGUCUUUGACCGAACUGGUAGAGCAAAAGGACGAGCAAAUAAAAGCACUUGAGGAGUCUCUCAGGAGGGUGAAUACAGAUCUGGCAGAAUCCAAAUCCAAAUUCUCCGAAUUCGAAAAACUUGACAAGAAACGAACAGAGGAGAUCGAACAGCUGUUAGUUAAGUCGAAGACAUCUGAGAUGACUAUCCGAGAACAAUCGACCGAAAUUGAUCGACUAAGUGAAAAGUUGAAUCAAAUUCAAUCUGAUUCCGAGAAUAAAGUUCGUUCUUUGCGGGAAACAGCGAAUCAAGUUCAAGUCGACUCCGAAAGCAAAGUUUCUUCUUUGCAAGAAUCAGUCGUCGAACUAAAGAACGCGGGCAAAGAGGCGAUAAAAAUUUACGAAAUAAGAGUAACCUCCCUUGAGAAACAGAUUGAGGAUUUAAAGAAAGCCGGCAAAGAGACACUAGCCUGUUUAGAGGAAUCGAACGCAAAAAUUACGCAACGUGAUUCAAGAAUUAAAUUUUUGGAGAAAGAGUGCGAGGAAUUGCGUUUGGCAGGGGUUGAAGCCAUACACGUAUACGAGAAGAUGAUUGAAAUCAAGGAUAAGGAGAUCAAGGAUGUGGAGGCAACGUUGAGUAAAAAAGAGGCAGCCCUUGAAGCGACCAAGAAAGCGAAACAGGAACUUGCCCUGACACAAGCGGAAUUAAACGAAACGAAGUCCAAGUUGAAUGAUACCAUUGAUAAAUUGGAUCUGAAAGAAAAGGCGUUGGAAGGUCUUCGUAAAGAAUUAGCCGAUUUACAAUCCUGUUUGGAACAAUUGAUGCGAGCCGAUGCAAAGUCUCGAGAGAAUAUUUAUCAAUUGGAAGACGAAGUCCGGGAAUCUAAGAAUUUUAUUUCCAGGCAACAGGAAGAAAUUACUGGACUUAAAAAUAACGUUCAACAACUUAUGACGGCCAAUGAAAGUCAAGAGGUUGAAAAUGUAAAAGCAGUCUAUGAAAAUGACAUUAACCGACUACAAGAUGAGCUGGAAGAAGUGCGAAAAUCAUUAUCCGAGGUACAAUCGGAAAAACGUUCUAUCGUUGGAGAGCUAGAUGUACUAUUGAAUGAGAAGAAACUAUUGGAGCAAAAAAUUAAAGAUCACGAAAGGGAAAGAAAAGAGGCCGAUGACGAAUUGGAAUUGACGCGAAUCCAAUUAAAAACCAAAAUUGAGGAAUUAAAAGAGACAGCUAGCAAAAAUGUUGAUAACAUGAAGGAGUCAGAAAAGGAGAAGGCAGAAUUAUUAGAGGCUCGCGAGCUCGCGGAAAAAACUUUAUCAGAGGCACGUGAAAAUAAUAAGAAGGAGUUAACAGAAUUGCGCGAACAACUUGAAAAAUUACAAGCACAAUCAGUCCUUGCCAACCAAUUAAAAUUGGACCUUGAAGGGAAGACGGAGGAAAUGAAAAAGUUGAAUGAUGAAUUUGAGAAAUUUAAGAAGGAGGCAGAAACCACGAACGUAAAACCCAUCGAAAUUCCAGUUGCAAGUUCUCAAGAAAUAGAUGAACUUAAGAAGGACUAUGAAGGUAAAAUCGAAGAAUAUCAAUCGGAGAUUUCCAAAUUGAAACAAAAAAUCAAGGACUUAGUUGUGAUCUCCAAAGCAACGGAGGCUGUAAAACAGCGUAAUCAAGAGUAUGAGCAAAAGUUCGCGAAAUAUGAGGAACAGCUUAAUGGUCUAACAGUUAUCGUCAAAGAACUGACUGAGGAAAAUGUGAAACUUUCGUCGGCGAAUAAAAAGAUUUUAAUUGAGCAGGAACAUUUUAUGGAAGCUCAUAGACAGGCAGAGAAUGAGUGCAUGAAGUUGAUGGAUGAAUUAGAGAGAUUGCACAGCGAGUCUCUCGUAGCACAGGGUGUCUUAUCGUUAUCUCCACCCGUUGAAGAUACAUACGAAGCUAAUGGAGCGGUCAACCAAGAACAGGGUACUACGGAAGAAAGCGAGGGUACAACAAAUUCAACUGCCGAUAGUCAACCGUCUACCGAGGUGAAACGCCUUCAAUCGCUUUUGGUAGAAAAACAAGGCCAGGUCGACCAUUUGACAUCAUUACGUAGUGUCGAAGUUCGCGAAUUGCAUCAAAAAAUUUCCGAGUUGGAAAAGGCCAAACAGCGAGAGAUCAGCACGUUAAAUAAAGAAGUCGCGGAGUUAGAGUCACUGAUUGAAAGCAAGAUUUUCCGCGAGGCAGAUUUAGAAGAACAAGUUGAACGGGAACGUUCAGUCGUCAAGAAAUUACGAUCUGAAUUAGAGGAUAUGAAAGAACAGCUUAGGGAGUUGACCAAUUUGGAAAAUUCACUUGGUAUAGAAUUCGAAUACGAAAGUUCAGUGAAUGGUGGAACCGGAAAAAAGGAAACGGAAUUAAAGGAAGAUAAAGGAACAUCAGAAUUGUAUUGUGAAAUAUGUGAAAAAGAAGGGCACGACGUUUUAAGUUGCAAAGCGGUUAUCGAUUCUCACGAGGAAAACGAUGAGCCAAAUUAUGAAAUUUCAUCGCUCGAUAGCGGUAGCAAAGAUGACGAUAAACCAUAUUGCGAUAACUGCGAGGAAUAUGGUUUGCACUGGACCGAAGAUUGCCCCAACCAGGACGAAACUUUCUAA